GCGAGUGCAUCCAGCACCCCUAUUCACAACCCCGCGCGGAAACCUUCGCGUCACCGUUACUGCGCCGGCGAGUUUGCGCUUUGAACGUCCGCCACGUUUCCGACUCCAACCCCUAGACGGCAGCUGUGUGUCGGGUUAUAACGUAGCCCUCCCCGUCCCCUCGAAGGCCGCCCCCAGCCACCGAUUGAACCGGUGAACCGAAGGAGUCGAAGCAACCCCCAGCUAAGCCCCCGAGAGGCAGUCGUGAGCUUGGUGCCGAGCUGGGGCGAUGCUCGUCGCUCGCGUGUGCUUCGCGAUUGCACCGAGUGCUCGCCAUUCCGUGUCGUUACGCGCGUCGCUCGCCCCUAAUCGACAUCGUCGCGCCCGAUCCACGUCGCCGUCGUCUCAGCCCUCAACUUCUCACGGAUCUUCGCCGACGUGGUGCCCGUCGCUGUCCCCGUUGAGGCUGGUGCCGCAACGAGGCCCNNAGGUGCAACGACCGUGCGACCAUCGGACAGCCGCACGUGAGCACGGCCCUGGAUUCGACGCGAGAUGAGAAGAAACGUCUGACAAAACGGAUCCCAAAGGCAUGGCCAGCAGCACGGAGGAUUACGGGUCGGAAUUACAGGAGCUGCAGUGGGGUGGGGGCGGGGGGUCCCACUUCCUGCGUAGCGGUUCCCACUUCCUGAGGAGCGGUACCGGCGGUUGUUACGAAGCCGAGGAUUUGGAGCCGACGAGCAGGCACCAUGGCAGCCAGCACAGGGGAUAUUACAGCCCUCCCGGCACGAGUUACACGAUCGUCGAGAGGCCGCCGAGUGCCCCGCACCACCAUUCGUCCCACACCACCCCGUACAGGCACAGGGGGCACGCCACAGCAGGAUCUGGCGCCAUCUCACCUGAACAGGUGCUUAGACUUUUCGGAAACGGUGUUUCGGAGCGUCGACAGGGGGACAGGAGGACACCGGCCUCCUCGCCUGCGAGCGUUGCCGCGGUGAGAAGCACACCAUCCUCGACGUCCCAGCAACAGCAGCAGUCGCAGCAAUCUCAGCAAUCGCAGCCGAACCCGACCAAUCCCCCGACCUCGCCGAGUUCCCAGCCCCUCAGCCUUCAGGAACUCACCGUAAGGACAAUCACCAUGACGAGAGAUCCACCGGACUCUCAUGGCUUUGGGAUCUGCGUGAAGGGUGGCAAGGACGCAGGUGAGAUCCGAAGUACCUUCAGGCUACCUCCAUCGCCGUACUUCGCGCCUCAAGAUCGAGGGGUGGGUGUCUACAUUUCGAGGGUGGAGGAGGGUUCGGUGGCCGAACGUGCUGGACUCAGGCCAGGAGACACCAUCUUGGAGGUGAACGGCACACCCUUCCGGGCGGUGACCCACGAGGAGGCCCUCAAAAUGCUAAAGUCUUGCAGAACGUUGAGCAUGACCGUACGAGGCCCAGCGUUGGAUCCACGGUGCAGAGGUGGGCAUCCUGUCUGGUCCUCUUCCGGUCGACAACAGUCCUGCAGCUGGAUCGACCGUCAAGGUCGUCCAACCUCGCCACCGCCGCUUUAUCCACCUCGAGACCCUAGGUACGGACCAAGGACGAGAAAGGUCGAGCUCUACAUCGAGCCUGGCCAGUCCCUCGGCUUGAUGAUCAGGGGCGGCCUCGAAUACGGCCUUGGGAUUUAUGUGACCGGGGUCGACAAGGACAGCGUGGCCGAUCGGGCUGGACUUUUGGUAGGUGAUCAGAUCAUCGAAGUGAAUGGGCAGAGUUUCGAGGAGGCGACCCACGACGAGGCAGUGGAAAUAUUGAAGACUAACAAAAGGAUGACACUCCUGAUUCGCGAUGUGGGAAAAGUGCCACACUCUUGCACCACGAGCCAGCCUAUCGUUGUACCGACGACUAGAUACCCUGAACACGAUCCUCUGCUCUUGGAGAGCCCUGGAAACCAUCGACCACCGAGUCCUACUAUCGCGAGCGAUUGGAGGCACAGAAACGUACACAUGGUUUCUGCCGCAACUGCCGCGAUGGUGGAGGAAAAAGCGAGGGUGGUCCUCGCGAGGAGCGAGAGGGCCGCCCUUUCUCAGCUUCUGGCCGACUACAGGACGCGUCGAAUGACAAUCGAGGAGCUGGUUGUCAGUUUAGGCGACCUGCUGAACACACACGAGAAAUUGACUCUGCUUACCGAGCUCAGGGAACUCGUCGACAGCAAAGACAGAGCUGCCUUCGACGAUUUGGUUUACAGGCCUCGAGUAGCAAGGAGGAAAGGUGAUCGCGCUCAUUCGGAUUUAAUAGUGACGCCAUCCCUUCACGAUCUUCCGAGGGGUGUGCAAGGUGGUUGUUGCCGUCCGGGACGACUGGUGGACGUCGAGGGAGAUCCUCUAGGAGUGACAGGACCUCUCCUGCCAAGGGAUAACCAGGAAUAUAGAUCACCCAGCGAGGACAGCGGUCUCGGGGCCGACAUGCCCAGGACCAGAGCUGGGUGCAGGAGGACGCCGCAGCACCAAGUGACCACCUCCGAUCUCGCCCUCUCCAACGACGACGAGUGCGACAACCAGGAUUACGAGGACGAGUUGGAGAACGGGCGUGGACGUAGGCACAGCUCGCCAGGUGGCUCGAGGGGGAACCCGAGGGAUUACGGCCAUCAUCAUCUUCAUCCGGACAAUUUGGAGAGCGACGGUGGUUGCGAUGGUAGCGACGCCGAGAUGAUCGGUAAUGGGAGACGCGGAGGCGGAACGGAAAGGGAUCGCGAUAUGGAGGAGGAUGAGGACGAAGGAAGGGAGGAAAGGAGCUCAGAGGGUGGAGGUGGUGGAGGUUUCGGUGGUUGGAGGUCCCACCUGCUCGGUGGGCUGACGCAACGUGUCAAAUCCUGGUACUGGGGCGCCAGGCCCCUCCUGUGCCCGUUUCAGGAACUCGCGCAAAAGCUCUCGCGGAGCUUCGACAUGCAGGAGGCUCAGCUCCUCGAGGAGGGUGGUUCUGGUGCCGCUACAGCGGGUGCUGGGGGUGCGGGUGGUCCGCCGCGAAGGCAUCACAGCGCCCAGAGAUUGACCAGGAGCGAAAUAUCUGAAAGAAGGGAAGAGGACGGCGCGUUGGUGGUCCCCGAUCACCAGGGCAACCUGAGGAUCACCGUGAAGAAGACCAAGUCGAUUUUGGGCAUUGCCAUCGAGGGCGGUGCCAAUACCAAACAUCCACUGCCCAGGAUCAUCAAUAUACACGAUAAUGGGGCAGCUUACGAGGCCGGUGGCCUCGAGGUCGGUCAACUGAUCCUAGAAGUCGAUGGACACAAAGUGGAAGGUCUCCAUCAUCAGGAGGUAGCAAGACUGAUCGCGGAGUCGUUCGCUAGGCGCGAUCGCAACGAGAUCGAGUUCCUGGUAGUGGAGGCGAAGAAGAGCAACCUGGAGCCGAAGCCGACAGCGCUGAUAUUCCUGGAGGCGUAGCAGGAAUCUCCCACCUCCGAGCCGGAACCACCGUAGCCCAACCUGACCAGAGCUCGGCCCGCGACACACUUGGAGCGUCGUCGACGCUGAACCGACGUCAUGAGAAGCUGAAGAGAUCGAUGAUGGACCAGGAAAUCGAUCAUCAAGCUCGUCGCCGAUCGAAAACGAUGCGGAACGAAGGGAAAUCGACGAGAGUUAGGAGGACGACGAGCUUGCUCUUCAUCUUCAUCGAACGCUCCCGAUUCGACGGUCGAGCUAAUCAUCGGUCAGGUGCUAAUCGAACCUGGCCUUGGUGGUGGGAAUUCUCCAGAGGAAGAAUAAUAAAAAGAGAGAUAAAAGAGAA